GCAUUGUAAUUUUGUAAUAAUACAAGAAUGAUGAAGAAUAAUUUUGCCUUUUGCAGGAAUGUCAGCUUGAGGUUCGAGUCAUCUAGCAAAACGAUGGUUCUAAUUCCUCCUUUUUGUCCCCUCUUUUGCCAUUGUCAUCGCCCAUCGAGGAAUUCUUUUGAUCGUACCCUGUUCUUCUGUCUCGCUAACAAAACAAAAUAUUCUUCUUGUUCUUGUUGCUCUGCCUCCCACUGUCAAAUUUCUCUGUCGCAUUCCCUCUUUCAUCAUCCAUCCAUUUCAAACCCUCUUCUCACCCUUCUCCCCCUAACCCCAAAUCACAACCCUCUCUGUUCUCACUUUUCUUGUUCCAAUUUUCACCAACCCCAUUUGGGGUUCUCUUCAUUUUUGCUCUUCUUCCUCCAUUGAUGCAAUUUUCACAAACCCCAUUUGGGCUUCUCUUCAUUUUUGCUCUUCUUCCUCCAUUGACUUUUCUUCUUCCCCCUUUCGGCCAGUAUUGAUGUGGGUCAUGCCCACUUUUCUUUGUUCUUCUACUUCAGACGAUUAAUGCUUCAUAUUCAGGCUGGAUGCCACUGCCAGUUUAAGAGGUGAAACAGGCUGUUGAAAGGCUGCAGAAUUAUGGAGAAGACUGCUUCUCGGUUCGUUGAUCUUGUACAAACCAAGAAAUCUUUUGAGGAGAUCAAGUACUGGACGUGGUCAGAACUGUUGAUUACUCUGAAGCAAUGUCAAGAAUCACCUUCAUUAACAAACUCGUCAAUUAUGCUCAAGAAAUGCAUGGAUUUGCUUAGCCAAAAGAUCGGUUUGGCUGAUGGAGUGAGCUCAUCUACUUCAUCCGUUAAUAGUUCCAGAUUUCGGUCAUCUUGUGACAGCAAAAGCACUGAAAGCUUAAAGACAAAUUCUAGUUCCACGACUUGGUGGUUUGAGGAUCUAUUGUUCUUUAGCACUGAAUGUCUUGAAAUGUUUGUACAAUCCAUGAUCUUGCACGAAUUUGAUCAUGUUCUUUUAAGCAAAUUCCUUAUUCAUUUCCAGAAAUCUAAGUUCCUUACUGCAGCUUCAGAUGUAAAAAGGAGAGUAAUAGAAUCUGUCAUCGAUAUGCUUGACACUCUCGAUGAAAAUGUGCUAUCUCUGAAGGCUUUGUUCGACAUUCUACGAGUUUCCUUAGGCUUGAACAUAAAUAAAGGCAGCAAGAGUAGAUUAGAGGCCAUGAUUGGUUCAAAGUUGGGUCAUGCUACACUAGACAAUUUGCUUGUGCCUUCCCCAUGUGGAGCAAACUACUUAUAUGACGUCAACCUUGUUUUGAGACUGUUUAAGGCAUUUUUAUCAGGAGGAAUCAAUCAAGCAUCUCCAUCUCAAUUAAGUAAAGCUGCUAACUUGAUGGAUUCAUACAUGGCAGAGGUAGCACCAGACCCAUGUCUUAAGUCGUCGAAGUUCCUCGCUCUUGCAAAUGUCAUUCCCGACUCCGCCAGGAAGUCCUAUGAUGAAAUGUACUAUGCCAUAGACCUGUACUUUGAGAUGCAUGCAGGAAUGUCAGAAGAGGAAAAGGAGAAAAUAUGUUCUGCACUGAACCAUAAAAAGCUCUCCUACGAAGUUUGCAUUAAUUUCUCUAAGAACCCAAAAUUCCCAUCUAGAUCUAUUCCACCGAGCCCGGAAAGUCCACAACCUGAGGCCGAAAACUUACUUCAGAACAUAAACUACUCAAAAUCCCUGAUAAACUGGCCUCACAAUCUCACAGAAGGCAUAAGCAGGAAUGAAAAAGAAGACAAAUCCUCAGAACAAAUUGUGCUGUAUCAUGGAAAAUUUGAUCUUCCUGCUGAUAAUGAGAGAGUCAAAGUUCAUUUGGAAGGAAUGCAAUGGAGAGUGUUGGAAUUGGAGAAACUAUGUAUAAAAAUGCAGACCCAAAUGAGAAAGAUUUUGAAAUCUAGAGUGGCUUCAAGUCAUUGUCAAGUGAAAUCAUUGCCUAAGCUAUGUUCAUAAGGAGAUUUUGUAUAAUGUAUAUAGUAAAAAAAAAUCCAUUUUCUCUUCUUGCUUGUUGUUGCAGAUUGAGUUUGGUUGUAAAGUUAGAAAAAGGAAGAUGAUGAUGAUGAUGAAGCCUUUAACCAAAACCAAUUAUUCUUGUGAAUUAUUGCUGCAAAGUUAUUGUGUGAAUGAGAUUGAAAGUUGAAAGUUGAGUCUUUUUCCAA